UAUACAAUUUGGGAUGUCCCUCGUUUGAACUUGUCCCCAUCAUGGUUUUACCAAUGGAUUCCCUAUGAUGUACUGCGCUUACUAGAUUUCUGCGUUAACCCAAAAUUAAGAACUGCCAUAUUAACGAUAGAAAACUUGCCGAAAGUUGUUGCAAAAAAAAUAGACGUUCUUCCAAGGGUGCCUUCUUUAUUGGAACUGGCUAGAGACGUCUCCAGGAAACACAUCGUUGAACGAUUUGAGGCGAAAGUAACAAGAAAAUAAUCAAAUUUGAAACGCCGUUAUACCAUAUGUACGUGCCUAGUGAUGAGGAAGGUGACUACAACAUUAAAAGUGACAGUGACAGCGACAGAAUUGAAGAACUUCUGUAUGAUAUGUACGUGCCGACGGACAGUGAAGAGGGAGAAAGUGACGAUGAGAGUGAAAGUGAAAAUUUUGAAGAGGAUAUGUUGUGAUUUAGCUGAAAAAUGUCUCCCAUUUGAAAUGUUGAAAGAAAUAAAUAUUUGGCGUUGCAAUCACCGUCCACCCAUCUACCGCUUCAGAAUGUCUGUAUAUUCGUACCUGGAUGUCUCCCCAUUUCAUCUACAGUUUGAUAGAACCCAACCCUCUUUGAACAGCUUUCACCACGCUAAUAAUCUUCCACUAUACUACAGCACAGACCCCGCGGAAAUAAAAUUCUGCCUAGACCAUGGCUUGGACCCAAAUUUUAUCCACAAACACAAGAAGAUCAUUUUCCGCCUUAUUUUGGAUGGGUUUCAUUGGAACGGAAUCUACGAUGAAUGCCUAGACGAGACGGUAGCAAUGUUACUCUAUUAUGGAGGCAACCCCGCAAUAGAAAGUCGCACUGAUAACUGCUCCGAACUGUUUGGUCCAUACAGCGCGUUCGAAUUUGUGUCGCUGCAGAUGUAUGAUCAAGUAUCAAACUUUGUUUUCCAGGAACUGUUAAUGCAUACCAUGAACGAUGACUCUAAGUGUGGCAAACUGCGUUUGCAGACGUUUCUUCACCUAGUCUACAAGCAAAAGUUCUUGGAGAAAUCACGAGACCGCAAUCACAAUUUGUGA